AUGCAGAUCUACGGCUUGCUCAUCCUCGCCAACCCACCCGGUGCCGGUGCGGUUCCUCUCACAACAGCAUGGGAGCUUGGUUCCUUUUCUUGGCUGCAGCGAGGCACUGUACAGGAUAUGAUGGGAUUCAUGGCAAGAACGGUGGCGGAACGAACGCAGCCCACGCAGCGACAGUCCGUGCAAGAGAACUCGUACGUUGCCCACGUCCACUCACGACCAGCAUCGGACGGCAUCUCUGGCGUGCUCAUCACCGACACCGAAUACCCGGUCCGCGUCGCCUUCUCCUUGCUCAACAAGACGCUCGACGAAUUCGUCAUCAAGGUGCCCAAAUCGCAAUGGGAGACCAAGGUCAACGCCAUCACCACCGGCUCCGCCACAGCUCCUCCCAAAGGCGAGCCUCUGCUCGGAGUAAGCGCCUUCCCGCAAUCCGUCGACUACGUCAAGAGAUACCAGGACCCACGUCAGGCAGAUACCAUCAUGAAGGUUCAACAGGAGCUGGACGAGACCAAGAUCGUACUGCACAAGACUAUCGAUUCGGUGUUGCAGCGAGGUGAAGAUCUGGAUAAGCUGGUAGAGAAGUCGGGCACGUUGAGCGAACAGAGCAAGAUGUUCUACAAGACGGCAAAGAAGCAGAAUUCGUGCUGUGUGGUCAUGUAG